AUCGAGGUUUAACGAUCAUCAAUGUAUCGGAUGUAUGGUAUCGUUGACAUCCCUAAUAAAAAUAAUAGAGCUUUAUUUCUUGGGGAAAAAUUAAAUUAAUAAGUUUAUUUAUUAUAUUUAGUUUAUUUUGAAAACCUAAAACAACUGUGUAUAUCUAAUUACAAAAUUAUUCUCUAAUAUUAUGUGAUUUGUUUUGCGGUUUCUAGCUGGCAUCUUCCUGAAAUAAGAAAUGGCAGAGAAGCAGAAGACACUUGUAUGUGGUGAUGUAAAUGGAAAUUUCAAUACUUUGUUUUCCCGCGUCGAAUCCAUAGUCAAGAAGUCAGGAACAUUUGAAGUUCUGUUAUGUGUGGGGAACUUUUUUGGCGCAGAUAAUUCGCAACUAGACGCCUACCGAAUGGGAACAAGAAAAGUGCCAGUUACAACAUACGUUUUUGGUCCAUCUAGUCCUGAGCACGUCCAAUAUUAUUGUGAGGAAGGAGCAGAAAUUGUUCCUAAUGUUAUCUAUAUGGGAAAGAGAGGCAUUUUCACCACUAGUUCCGAGCUUAAAAUAGCUUAUUUGACUGGCUUGUCAAGAAGAGAACUUGGCAAAGACAUACCAAUGUGUACAUUUGAGCCAAGUGACUGCAGUGCAGUUAGGGACGCCUGUUUCAGAGGGCAGAGUGAGUUCAGGGGAGUUGAUAUACUGAUAACAACUUUGUGGCCUUCGGGAAUACAGCAGGAUGACUUGCAGAAGGCAGAUGUUGAACCUGACUGUCUAUCAGACCUGAUAGCAUGGCUUUCCAUUCACAUUAAGCCAAGGUAUCAUUUUGUUCCAUCAGCAGAGAAGUACUAUGAAAGACAGCCAUACAGGAAUCAAAGCGUACAUCAAGAUUACAAAGAAUGUGCCACAAGAUUCUUUGCACUAGCUCCAGUGGGUAACAAAAACAAAGAGAAAUGGAUAUACGCGUGUUCUCUACAACCCAUCUCCAAGAUGCGGAUGACGGACCUAUUGCAGAGUACGACUGAUGAGACUCCCUGUCCGUAUGACCCUGAUAUGUUGAAGCAGCAUCAGCCAGGAAAAGUGGUCAAGGUUACUGGCAAUGGGCAGUUCUUUUUCAAUAUGGAUGCUGGAGAUGAUGACCAUGGAAAAAGGAAAAGAAAAUCCGGGGAUAAUCCUGAACGAAAAAGGAAGGAAUUUGAUCCAGAUACAUGUUGGUUCUGUCUAUCGUCGCCUUCGGUGGAAAAGCACUUGGUGAUUUGUGUGGGUACCCACUGUUAUUUAGCGUUACCCAAGGGACCUCUAACGCCGUACCACGUGCUUAUAUUGCCUAUUGCGCAUCAUCAGAGUGUUACCAAGGCACCUGAUGAAGUAAAUAAGGAAAUAAAAAGAUUCAAAGAGGUGUUGAAAAAGUUUUACUCUUCAAUGGACAAACUGGUAGUAUUCUUCGAGAGGAACUACCGCACAUCGCAUAUGCAGAUACAGUGUGUGCCUGUCCCUAAGGCGUGCAAUGAGCAGAUAUUGGAGGUUUUUCAGGACGAAGCAGGUAUAAAUAGUAUCCAAAUGGAAGUGUUGCCUCCCUACACGGAGAUAUCACAAGUGACGUUGCCCGGCGCGCCUUACUUCCACGCGGAAUUACCUUCCGGCGAACAGAUAUACGCUAAGACGGGCAAAUACUUCCCGCUACAGUUUGGCAGAGAUGUACUAUCAAGCCCGCCGAUACUCAACUGCGAAGACAAAGCGGACUGGAAGCAGUGUUUGCUCAGCCGGGAAGAGGAGGAUUCGCACGUCGCGGCGUUCCGGAAGAACUUCCGCCCCUUCGACUUCACGGCUGAUGACAGUGACAGUGACAGUGACUGAGUGAGUGACACGAACAUUGCCUAUUCUGCCGUGUAGUCCGUAUACCACUGUUCAUGACAGUUAGGGAACUUCUAACAAAACAUUGAGGCUUUGACGUUAUAGGCAGGUGUCAAAUGUCAAACUUUUGACACAGGUAGCUCUGAAGUAGCCCUAUUUUUUAACCCCCGACACAAAAAAGAGGGGUGUUAUAAGUUUGGCGUGUGUAUCUGUGUGUCUGUGUAUCUGUCUGUG